ACAAUUAAUUUUUGUCAAUGUCACACAAUUUAAUUGUGUUAAACAUCUUCAUUCUCAAAACAUGAUUUAAAAUAAACAAUACUAAUUCAUUAUUAAAAAUUCACGGUGAAGAAACAUUAAAAAAACAAGAUUUUUGCUAAUAAACCGAAGAAUGAAGACGUUGUCCCAACAGAAUAUUGCUAGAGAAGAACACUGGCCAAAAGUUCACUGUAAAAAAGGACGCCAACAAUCACCAAUAGCUCUAUCACAAAAAACGUCCUACUUAAAGAAUUUGGAACCCAUAAAGCUAGAAAACUUUGAUCAAGAUUACAUUCUAGACGUCCAUCAUUUAACUGAUUUAGUAGUCCUAAAAAUCCCAGACAUGUGUCCUUGUAGUAAGCCAAAAAUAUCUGGUGGUGGCUUAACGCAAACUUACAUCUUGGAAAACUUACAUUUUCAUUGGCCUUCAGAGCAUACGAUUGAUGGUAUUAGAUAUGAUAUGGAAUGUCAUUUUGUACUGUAUUCAACAAAGUAUCGUACAUUUAAAGAAGCCCUAGCUCAUCCUUUUGCAGUCGCAGUAAUGGCCGUAUUAAAUUUUAAAACGAAUUAUACACAAAGUAACAAUUUUAAAAUAAUUGCAGAAGCCACGAAAAAACUAAAAGGUACAGGCACCAAACAGAGAACAACUGAGCCACUAAAAUUCAUAGACUUUUUGCCAUAUGAUCUAGAAAAGUUUUUUUAUUACGAAGGGUCGUUUAGUGUUCCUUGGUGUCCCGAAUAUGUUCAUUGGCUUGUAUUUAAGAAUACUGCUAAUAUACAAAGUUCUUACUACAUGGACAUGAAACAAAUACGAGGUGAAGAUGGUGAAUUAGUUGAAUCCAAUAAUAGAACAUUGCAGAAUAUUAAUGGAAGAAAAGUUAUUUUACGAACUAGAUGGUUUUAUAUAAAUAUUUAAUUUUUAAUGUAAACAUAUACGAGUGUACGACAAAAUGUGA